AGGUUCCACUUGUUCUUGUUAUCAGAAUAUUAACCCUAGGAAAAAGACAAAAGGGAAAAGUAGAGAGAAGAUCAGUCAGACAUAGAACUGAUAAAGAUCAUUCAAUGAUGGGUGCCAAGAUUUCUCUCUUGUAAUUUGUUUAUUGUUUAUGUUUUUAUGUGGUUCUUACAGCCCCAACCUGACCACGGUGUGUAUACAGUAUUUAUUGAACUUGGAGAUACAAAAUUAGAGUUACUGAAUCCUAUGGGAGACAACAGCCCGAUACAGAACUUCUUGGAUAAAAACAAAAAUGGAGGAAUGCACCACAUCUGUAUUGAGGUGGACAACAUAACCGAGGCGAUGAAGGAUGUGAAAGCCAAAGGAAUUAGACUGUUGAGUUCAGAAGCCAAGAUAGGGGCGCACGGUAAACUUGUAGUGUUUCUACAUCCUAAGGAUUGUAAUGGUGUUCUGGUGGAACUGGAGGAGGCAUGAAUCUCCCUUGUUAAAUAAGUGUGUAUAAACUGGUGGGGACUAUAGGUUUCCUCUCUGUUGCCCUAUAGUCGUAACGACAAAGUUUGUGAUCACUUUAACGGCUUCAUUCCCUGUUUUAAUAAAACUACAUACAUUGAUAGAGGACCAUGAUAUCUUAGACAAAUUCAAGUAUCAGGGUUUUUGGCUCAAGGUCAAGGUCACUGUUAUUAUAAGCGGGGGCUGGUAGGGGGACAUGUAUUGGUCUAGCAAUACUCAGUUUGCAUUUUUUGCUUGUUGAAUAUAUAUAACCGAUGCUUUUUGAUAUGUGUUUUUCUCCAGGGGUUAAUCUAGGAUGUAGGGAAUACUAUCCAUUAUGAAAUUAAGGGGAAAUGAAUGGUCUUGAAUUAUUCUUUAAAUUUUAACAUUUUACAGCUAUUCUUUGCUAUAAUUCUUACAUAUUUCAUCAAAAUUUGGGGAAUUUCCCGUUUUGGAGUGUUUACGCCUGUUUUUAUGUGAUUUUUUUCUUGAUGGGGAAUUUCGUUUUUGUUCAAAUGGGAAAACACCAUCAAUGGGGAACACUACGUAAUUUGGGUCUAGAUUAACCUCUGAUCUCAUAUACUGCUCUACAUGAUAUCAAGGUAUUGUGUAUAUGGCAUCUGGGUCUAGUGUCAAGAUUUGUCGUUUAUAGAGAAACAAUGAAGAUAAAUUUGUCAGCAUAUUUUUUCUCAAGUUAUAUGAUAGCUUAAAUCUAAGAGUUGUGCUGAUGUGAUAUUAAAUUUAUCAAACUUGUUUAUACAAGUUUCCUAAAUACAAUUGUUAAAUCCCCUAUGUAUAAAUACUGUCAUCAUUAUAAUGAAGAAUGCAGGUGUUCCUAAAACAAAGUUUGGUGGGUAAAAAAAAGAGGCUUGUAAUGGCUCAUGCCAUACCGUGGCGUCCGUCGUCCAUCUGUCAACAAUCGACUUCUUUUUCAUAACAGCUGAUCAAAAUUGAACAAAAUUUGACUAGCAUCAUUAUGGGGUGGGGAUUAGAAAUUGUACAAAUGGUGACUCCUCAGGGGCCAGAGGGUGGGGCCAAAAGGGGUCAGUUUGGCUAGAUUGAUGUAAACAACUUCUUCUUUAUGGAGCUUAGCAAUCAAUAUCACUCCUAUUUGACUGGUAGCAUCCUUAUAUUAUAAUUAUGGGGUAGGGAUUCAAAAUUGUACGAAUGGUGGAGCUGACCCCUUUGGGGGCCUCUGGCGCCAAAAGGGGUCCAAUUGGCAAUAUUGAUAUUAAUGUCUUCUUCUCUGGGACUAAGCAAUGUAUGACAUUGAUAUUUAGUGGUAACAUCCCCUGGAGGUUGGGAUUCAAAUUUAUACGAAUAGUGAGGUCAACACCCCCCCCCACCCCCAACCCCAUUGGUUUGGGGUCUCUCUCCACCCAUGAAGACAUCUUUCUUUUGUUUAAACUACCCCAUAAUCCUAUAUAGCCUUGCUCACUCAGGGCAUCAAGAGAUGAACCCAAUUCUGAUGUAGAAAUAGGCUCAGGGUUCUUUCCCCACCCCAAGGGACUUAUAUUUUCUUUAAAUACAAUCAUAUUGAAUCUUGACUUCAUUUCUGGGUUAUCAUGUCUUUGAAGCAGUUGAGAUCCCCACAACAUAAUCAUACAACAACAAAUAAAUCUAUGAGCAAAUGGAACAUGAACAUUAUUUUGAUGUUUGCUCAAAUAAGCCAGGUGAGAGAUACAGGCCCUCUAGGCCUCUUGUCAAGUAUCAAGUUUCUUUUUCUAAAAAUAAUUGAUUGUAAGUAGCUGAAUUAUUUAUGUAUGUAAAAAUGUCUGACAUGACUGUUAUUGAGAUUAUAUAGGCGCGAUACAAUGUGGUGGAGAUGGCUGGUGUAAAAUAAUGAUAGAAAGGUAGAGAGGAGGUAAAGAGAGAUGUAAGAGGUGAAGAAGAUAUUAGAGAAAGAAGGAGGGAGGGAGGGAGAGAAUGUACACAUGUUUUAAAUGUCAUGUUACCUAUAUUUUGUUGUCUUUCCACAAACGCUGACUGCAUCUGCGUUUCAUUAAAAUCUUGAAUCAUU